AGAGGAUGGGACUAGAGUGUGGAGAUCAAGAGGAGAUCAUCUGGAGGUGAAGAUUAAGACUGGACUAGUCUGCUGUACUACACUAUACAUCUCUAGAUCUGUUUAAGUGGACUCAGAGAGAACAAUGGUGAAACAAACUGAUAUUCCUGAGACUGUGCGUCUGUCUCACUCCAUCAAUGAUGAAGAGAUAAAAUACGUGACGUUGAGGAAGACUCUGAUUAAGAAGUGGCUGAAAGAUCAGGGUAUCAAUUGUGAACUGGAGGAUGUUCCUAACAUAGCGUUGCUGGGGUCAGGUGGAGGAGAGAGGGCAGCAGUGGGCAUGCUGGGAUCUCUGUUUCAGCUGGUACAGGACAACCUGCUGGGCAGCCUCCUCUACAUGUGUGGGGUGUCAGGCACCACCUGGUGCAUGUCAUCUCUGUACAGCGAUUCAGAUUGGUCGUUGAAUAUGCGUUGUGAUGAGGUGAUAGAGAAGCUGAAGGGUCCUACAGUCGGCUUGAGCAAAGCUGUGAAGUGGCUGAAAUUGAGGAAAGAACAAAACCAGGACUUCAACCUCACUGAGUUCUGGGGCGCCUUCACUGCCUCCUAUUUCAUGAAAGAGAUGCACACUCGCUGUCUCUCUGAAGAAGCUCACAGGAACAGCACCAACCCCUACCCCAUCUACAGCGCCAUAGAACUGGAGCACAACAAACUGGACUGCACUAAAGGGGUGUGGUUUGAGAUGACCCCCCACGAGAGCGGCUUCUCCGGAUUGGGCGCUUUCGUCCCCACUUCCUGUCUAGGGAGCCAGUUUGAAGGCGGGACACUGAGAGAGAAGAGGAAGGAAAUGGACAUGGUUCUGCUGCAAGGUAUCUGUGGGAGUGCCAUUGCAGAUGGGCAGAGGAACAAUGCUGAGGUAGUAAAAAUGAUCUGGGCCUUACUUGGAGUUACAUUUUCUGCUGGCAUUAAGACUAAAGGGCAGAACAGCAUGAUGUUGAUGUCUGCGAGAGGGGGGAAGGUAGAGGUGUGUGAGAGUGUGCCCUCCCAAGUGGUGAGGUGUGUGUCUGAGCUGAUGGUGAAUGCUGAGGACCCAGAUCCACUGAAGACAUGGAACGUCAUCACCACACUGAGACAACUACUGGAAGGUCAUGUGAGCAGUAAGGGUGAGAUGCUGUGGAACAUGGACUCUGAGAGCUGGAAGAGAACCAGCCUGGAGGAGAGAAAGAAGUUCAUAGAGACAGUUAGUCUGGAGCUCAUCCUCACCUCAGACAGCUGGACAAAAGACUGGGAGGACAAACGCUACACCUACAACGCCUCUGCAGAUGAAUCAAAGUAUAUGGUGACAACGGGAAUGAAGGAUAAGGUGUCAAUAAUAAACUCCUGGGUCCCUGAUGAGUUGUGGAUUGUACAGAACAUUUUCCCUCUGGUCAAAAAAUGGGAAUGGGGAACCGUGUACAACUUCUUCUUUAAUAUCCAAGAUACUAACGUUCUGAGCAGCAUGGCAUCCAAAGAUAAGAUUCACCUGGUAGAUGCUGGGUUAAAGAUUAAUUCUCCCUACCCCCCCGUCCUGCGCCCAUCCAGGGAUGUCGACCUCAUCAUCUCCUUGGACUUCAGCGCGGGAGAUCCCUUUGAGACGGUGCUUAGUGCCAAACAGUACGCAGAUGAGCUGAAGCUCCCCUUUCCCCCAGUGAAGGAGAGUGUGAGGAAGGAGAAAGAACAUCCUCAGGACUGCUACGUUUUCGAGGGGCGACGCCCUGAAGAGCCCACCAUCAUGCACAUGCCCCUGUUCAACCUGCAGAACUGCAAAGGCGAGGAGGAGAUUAAGAAGGAGAGGGAGAAGUACACAACGUUCCAGCAGCACUACGGUGUGUCUGACAUCGAACACCUCCUGGAGAAGGCCAAGGACAACAUGAGGAACAACAGAGACAGGAUCCUGGAGCAGAUCUUGUUGGCUGUCAAACGCAGAAAGAAUCGCAAAGGACCUGAGCCCUAGGACCAUGCCUCAGGACUACCUGGCAUGAUGACUCCUUGCUGUUCCCAGUCCACCUGGCUGUGCUGCUGCUCCAGUUUC